UGACAAGGGGGGAGAGGGAGAGAAAGAGAGGAAGAACAGUGUGCAAAGCAGGAGAAACAGUCUUGUGUUCGUUACUCGUUUUUCAACCACACAUCGUAACAGAAAAAAAUUUUCGCGUAGUGUAAAAAAGAAAAAACUAUUUUUUAUAAAAUUAUAUAUUAAAAAAAAAAAAAGGAAUAGAAAAGACGCGGAGCGCCCUCACAGCUGUAAAACGACAAAAUAGAGGGCGAGUGAGGCGAUUGUCUCUCAUUGUGAAAGAUAGGUGGAAGGGGAACACAUGAGUGUGAGAGAGAAAGAAAGAUGGAGAGUGGCCUCCCCUACCCACCCGCCUCUGGCCCUCCGAACUACCCACGGAUCUAACGAACGUUGAGCAGCGUAGCGUCUAGAUCGCAUCCCAAGUAGCGUGUUAGUUUUCUUCUCCCGCGCGCGUUUUUCGUGAAAUAGAAAAAAUUGUGAUAAAAGUGCUUUGUGUUUGAAAAUUGUGUUUUUCCCGUAUCACGAAACACAUGCGAGAAACACGCGGAUGUGUGCCGAAAUAGUUGUGUGUGUUUUUUUGGUGUGUGUGUGUGGGCACGUUUGAAACGUGCGUUCCUUCGUUUCCUGCCCCCACCCCCCAUAACCCCCCUCUAACCCCUCUCGUGACGCCUGCGAGAGAGAGUGACAGACGAAGAUAGGAACGCGUGUGACAUGUCGGAACACCACCGCGUUGCCGGUGGCUGGGGCAACAGCCCCGGGAACAAUCGUGAGGAAGCUUCCGGUGGUUCGGCCGCGGCAGCAGCAGCUGCAUGGUGGCCUGGACUCAGUGAUCCACAGCAACAACAAAAUCUUCAUCAACAUUUAUUAAAUCAACAACAACAGCUAUCACAACAACAGCAGCAGCAACAACAACAACAACAGCAGCAACAUCAUCAGGAUAUUGUGAGUAGUACGGCGGCGGCUGCUGCAACACAGCAACUCUUCUCCUACAAGAUGGCCUCCAGUUUUCAAAACCCCGCUACCACUGGCAGUUUGUCCAACUCGGUGUCCACCUCAACCCCGGCGGCGGGUUCCUGUAUGAAGAGCGGUGGCGGCGGUGGUUAUGACUAUAGCAGACUUGGGGCACCCGGCAACGUACCGGUUAGCGCAUCCUCGGCGCCACCCGGCGUUCAGUGGUGGUAUUCAGGUGGAGUCAUGGACGCUACGACUCAGAAUAAUAUGCAUCAACAACAAUUGCAACAGGGACAACAGCACAACAUACCCAUUACCACGCAAACCUCAACAAUUCCGGUUAUGCCACCGGUAGGUUCGGGGAACGCGUGGCUUUUGCAUCAGCUGCAGCAAGUAACGCAACAACAGAAUAAUCUUCAGGCAAAUAACGCGCAUAUUUUACUACAAGACAAAAUAAUGCCAAGAGGAGGAAAAACAGUGAAACCAAGGGGAAGAAUGACCGCUUACGCUUUUUUCGUUCAGACUUGUCGUCAGGAGCACAAGAAAAAACAUCCCGAGGAAAAUAUUGUUUUCCAGGAAUUUUCAAAAAAAUGCGCAUCGAGAUGGAAGACAAUGUCCGAUAAGGAAAAGAAGCGUUUCCAUGAGAUGGCAGAAAAGGACAAGAAGAGAUACGAUGCGGAAAUGCAAAAUUAUAUACCACCUAAAGGCGAAAAAAUAACAGGCAGAGGCAAAAAACGCAGGCAAAUCAAGGAUCCCAAUGCGCCUAAGAGAUCCUUAUCGGCUUUCUUCUGGUUCUGCAAUGAUGAGCGUGCAAAGGUGAAGAUGAUUAAUCCCGAAUACGGUGUUGGUGAUAUCGCUAAAGAAUUAGGAAAACGAUGGUCUGAUGCCGGUCCAGAGUUGAAAUGCAAAUAUGAGGCUUUGUCAGAAAAGGACAAGGCUCGAUAUGAAAGGGAAAUGACAGAGUACAAAAAGAAAAUGAAGGACGGUGGACCGAUCGCAGGUGCGCCGGAUUUAGCGAAAAAGGAAAGUGAUGAUGACUUCGAUGAUGAAGACGAAUAGCAAGGAGAUUUAUUGAUUCGGUUAGGAAACGUGCGUCAAAGUCUCAUCUAUCACCCGUGUCCUUGAAUCCGAAAAAGAAAAGAAAAAAAAGCAUAAAAGAAAAAAGAAGAGAAAAAAGAAAAAAAAAAAAAAAAAAAAAAGCAUACCUCACCUACUGUACAUACCAUUGACCUUAGCGUGAGCGUACUUACACUAGGAGAACAAAAUAAACUAACCAUCAAGUCCCAUUUCUUCCCCCCGUUUCCCCCCCCCCCUUAUAAACCCUUUAAAAAAAAAAAAAAUUCCCCCUCGAUUAUUAUUUACAAUAAUUCAUUUACAGUAAAAAUGAAAAAAAAACCGCGCGAUUAAUUGACAAUUAUUUUAAAGGAAGCAAAGAAAAAAAAAAAUAAUAAUUAUGAAAAUAAUUAAAUAAGAUAUAAUGAAAAUUGUAUGUAUGAAAGUGAUGCUGCGAAACACGAGAUUUUGUAUGAGUGACCUUUGUAUUUUAACAUAUUGAUAGUAAAAAAAAAAAAAAAACAACAACAAAAUGUAAAGUGGCGUAGGAUAGAGGAAACUGAGAAAUUGCGAAUUAAAUGGCGCUCUGAAUAAUUUCCCGCGAAAAAAAAGGCGCAGGGGCUGAAUUUCUCCGCUACAUUUUCAACUUUCUUCCUCUCUCUUUUUUUUAUCUCUAAAAAACUAUUUCUCGCCCUUCAUUCAAUUUAUUUUCUCCUCUCGGCUCUCUUUCCCAAUUUUGUAAAUUCAAAAAAAAAAAAAAAAAAAAAUUUUAACCCAAAAACGGAAAAAAAUAAUUGUCUUUCCGAAAAAAAAGUUUUAAGUAUAAAAUAGUAAUAAUAAAUACAGUAAAUUUAGUAAUAAACAAAAAAAUAAUUUUAUUUUAAAAAGAAAAAAAUUGGGAAAUUUUUUUUAUCCAAUCGAAACUUGUUUUUUUCACUUAAUAUUUUUUAGAAUUCCUUUUUUUUUUAAUGUAUUUCAUUCUCUUUAAUUUUUCGUGAGAGUCGAGAGCCGAAAUAAUAAUUUUUUUUUUUUUACGACAAAAAAUAAACAUCGCGUUCCGUCGAUACCAAGAGAAUAAUAGGAGCGGAGUCGUGUGUAAUUGAUAAAAAAAGAAAUAAUAAUAAUAAUUCCUUGUACAGUUUGUUUGCUCCAAUUGCAGGGCAUGGGGCUAAACUUCGUGCGUAUAAUAUUAAAAAAAAAAGAAAAAAAAGAAAGAAAGAAAGAAAAAAACAAAACUACGAUGUAGAAAAUCGCAUCUGCGUACCUGUAAGUAUUAGUAAAGUAGAAUUAAAAAAAAAAAAAAAAAAAGAAAGCGCUGCGAAUUUUUCUUCUUUUCGCAACUUUUUCUUUUUUUCUUCUCCGAUUUUUAAUUAUUCGAAUUAGAAAAACAACUUUCCUUCUUUAAAAAAAUAUUUCAAAAACGAAACAAAUUUUUUUUUUUUUCUUGCAAAUAUCGAAUAAUGUGAUUUUAUUUUUUAGGAAACGAUUUUUUUUGUAACUUCUAUUUUAUUUUAUAAUAUAAUUUUUUUUUAUUAAUAUUACUAAUAACGAAUGCGAUAAUUCGUGUUUUUUUGUUUCCUCCUCGAUAUUUUGUACUGACAGGAAAUAAGCGACUAUUAUUUUGAUAAUUUUAUAUAUAAAAAAAAAAGAAACAAAUAUUGUUCUUAGCUCCUGCGUUUCUAUAUAGGAUAAUUUUUUUUUUUUUAAUUUGUAUGAUAUAUAUUUAAUUAUAUAUAUAUAUAUAUAUAUAUAUAUAUAUAUAUAUAUAUAUAUAUAUAUAUAUAUAUAUAUAUAUAUAUAUAUAUAUAUAGUGAAAAAACAAAAAUACGGUCCCUGCCCUUGCUAUCGCCAUUUACUCUCUAUCUCGUCUCUUUUUUCCCCUGCCCUUACCCCCCACACCCCCCUACCGUCUUCAUCUUCUACUUCUUCUCUCUAUCGUUCUUUAUUAUUAUUAUUAUUAUUAUUAUUCGUUUUUUUGUCAAAAAAAAAUUAAAAAAAAAUUAAUAAAAAAUAAAAGGAAACUUAUCUGAAAAUGAAAUUAAAAUGGA